AUGGAUUUUGAUGACGAUGCCCCGCCAGAGUUGGUCGAUACGACCACUAACGAUAUCGAUGAAGAGAUUACAGUCAAAGUCCCUAUCACUAUCGUGACAGGGUAUCUUGGUGCUGGUAAAACAACACUGCUCAAUUACAUCCUCACAGCUCAACAUGGCAAGAAGAUCGCCGUCAUCAUGAAUGAAUUUGGAGACUCACUCGACAUUGAGAAGUCCCUUACCGUGAACAAAGGAGACGAGCAAGUAGAAGAGUGGCUAGAAGUUGGCAAUGGCUGCAUCUGCUGCUCUGUUAAGGAUACUGGCGUCAAUGCUAUUGAGUCCUUGAUGUCAAAGAAGGGUGCUUUUGAUUACAUCCUUCUCGAAACCACUGGUCUGGCUGAUCCUGGUAACCUGGCACCUCUUUUCUGGGUGGAUGACGGACUUGGAAGCACCAUUUAUCUCGACGGCAUCGUCACCUUGGUGGAUGCCAAGAAUAUUGUGCGAAGUCUCGAUGAUCCGAAGGGUGUUGUUGAGGGGCACGACCACGAUGGUCACGGCCCUGUCAUGACCACUGCUCACGUCCAAAUCUCCCAUGCGGAUGUGAUUGUAAUCAACAAGGCUGAUAUGGUUUCUGAAGAGGAGCUCAACCAGGUCAAGGAGAGAAUCCAGUCAAUCAAUGGUCUCGCCAAGAUCCAUGUGACUGAGAGGAGCGUAGUCCCCCAAUUAGAGGGAUUUCUGCUCGAUUUACAUGCAUACGACCAAUUCAAUGAAUCGGAUGCCAACGCCAAGGGACACAGUCAUCUUGACCCCACCAUCUCGACUGUCACCAUUCCUGUCGGUCGCCUUGAACCAGGACAACUGGACACUGUCGACCGCUGGCUACGAUCCGUUUUGUGGGACAACAAACUACCCGGAGAGCAACAAGAGGGCGACUUUGAGAUUCACCGCUCAAAAGGACGGCUGGUGUUUACCAAUGGCGAUGUCAAGAUGUUGCAGGGGGUGAGGGAGGUUUUUGAGAUAAAUGACGGGCCAUCGGGAGAUGAGACGCCCAAGGACGGAAAGAUCAUUCUGAUUGGAAGAAAUGUAGCGGGUGUUGGCUUUGAAGACAGUUUCAAACAAGCGAUCAAAUGA